CUCUGUCCGAAGCCUCACCUCGAUUACACUUCAGUUGCCCAGUGCUUACUGCUCCUGGAAUUGCAUCUUCUAUUUAUCCACCUGUACGACUGCAAUAAAAUUAUGGAGGAAACAGAAAAUCGUGGAGGUUGUAAGGCGUUUCUUGCUGGUGUGCUUGCUGGGUUGAGCACAGAUUUUCUGUUGCACCCAUUUGAUCACCUGAAGUGCCUUUAUCAGACGACGGGCAGUGCGAAAGGAUUGUUUGCUGUUUUUAUGGCUUUGUACUCCAAGUUGUUACAACUUGUACUAUGAUAGCAUUGACCGCUCUACUCUUUGGUCUUGGGGAUGGUAGCAGUAGCAAGUCACUCACUCACAUUGUGUCGCAGAAUUUAUAUAGUAGAUACCGGUCGUUAGAGGGGGUAUAUUUACAACCGGUUAGUUUUUACCUCUAGAGAUCUAGCCCUUUCAACAAUAUAUAGUAGAUAUACAACCGGUCAUCUGCUUGUGCUUCUCUUGCUCUGUAUUGUUUCAACCAUCUUCAACUCCUGACACCUCUUGUUAAACAACACCUCUUGUUAAAAAACACGCCUGCUUCCACCUCUUCCUCCUGUAUUCAUAGUUGCCUCGUCUAUCUCCGGAUUUAAGCCAUGGCUCCUCGUACAACAGCUUUAUAGAGGUUUUCCUGCCGUAGCAGUUCUUGGCGCGCCAGCCAACGGCAUUUUCUACACAGUUUACGAGGCUUUGCUUUCACGGUCAAACAAGGACAUGAUCAGAGGCGACAUUCAUGUUGAAGUUGAGGAUGCCGAUGCUGAUCAUGAUGAAACGACAAAUUAUAGGACACCUUCACCAACAAAUACUGACACACACACUUCGCCCUUUCUCGCCCCUCUACUAGCGUCAAGUGCCGCUUCUGUUGCAUCAAACUGUGUCUAUUGUCCUAUGGAAGUAGUGAAAGAAACAGCUUUUUCCAAAGGCAUUUCGACACGAGAAACUGUACAGGGUUUGCAUCUGCGGUCUCUCUACAGGGGUUUCUUUUGGGCUAAUGCGACAUGGGUGCCGUACUUGGGACUCUAUUUUACUCUGUAUGAAGGUUUUCGAGGUGGACAAUGUGGGGAGUGUACUCCACAUUCAUCUGAGGUUAGCGUCGAAUCUAGAACUUCUAGUACAACAUCAGCAUCAAGAACAUCAAGUGCACCUUCUUCUAGUAGCACAACUACAUCGAAAAGUACACCUUCAUCUUCGUCCAGUACAAAAAGCUCCUUCGUUGGCGAUUUAACAGGAGGACUAGCGGCAGGCACGAUUGCGGCAGGUGUGACCUAUCCUCUAGAUCUGUACAAAACCAGAGUUCAGAGUGGGUGGACCCUCCAGAGGCAAGACGUAAGAGCGGAUGUUGGACAUAAGACUCCUUGGGCACGCCCGCAAACGUUAAUGGCUCAACAGCACCUUAGGGGACUAACAAUGCGCAUUCUGUGGCUCUCUCCUGCAUCGGCGCUGACAAUUUCCUUCUAUCAAUUCUUCUACAACAGAUUUUUAUAGUGUCAGUUACUGGUGGAGGUUGACGUUGUCCUUGUCCUUGUAGUACAGGACUGCGUCACAGGAAACGUGGGUGCCUAAUGCUGGCCCUCAACAUGAUCCUCAUUCCAUCGAGAGACUUUUCUGAAAUUUUUGUAGUAAAGUAGACUUUCGUUCUUGGUGUACGUGCAAGAGCGAAGAGCUUGAGCUAUAUGUGUCUAGAAGUGACUCGUAUCUUUUUUGCGCGAUAUCUCAUGUAGCAGUUUUUUUUAAUGACAUAUCAAUCCGUGGAGAAAAUAGACUCGAUGGAACAACUAUGCAUUGGUGAACGAUAAUUAUUGACCAUGUUGUUAAAAGAAUUUCAUUUCCUUUGGUCUUCCUCGGUCUAUCUCAUUAUUGACCAAAAACAGAAUGAGUGCUGUGAAGAAUUAGGGAUGAUUGACUAAGAUUUAUUAAAUUGGAUGUCACUUGAUAAAAAAGUUCUUGGUGAAAAUUUUUCUAUAAGAAUUUUGCAGCACUAUUGACCUUGUGCUGGUGAACUGGAUUCAUUCUUGAAAUAGUUUUUUUUUCUUAGGAAUCAAGAAUUCAGAAGAAAGUACUUAUGAAAAAAGCUAGAAGUACAACACCAC